AAGGGGCCGCGUGGACCCAAAAACAGAACACUCGUGGGUUUCCAGGCGGCGGAAGGACCCACCACCCGGCGCAGCGUGGGCAAGGGAAGCUGGCCGCCCCGCGCAUGCGCACGCCCCGCCCCGUCAGCUCGGGCCGCGUGCACGGCCGAGCCGGUUUGCAUUUCCUCCCUGCUUUGUCUUGAAGACAGCACGAUGCCAAAGAAAGCGAAGCCUGCAGAGAAUGGGAAGGAAGAGGGGCCUGCCCCCUGUAAGCGGGUGAAAGUGGAGGCAGCUGGCGGGCCUUCCGCUUUAAACUUUGACAGCCCCAGUGGGCUCUUUGAAAGUUUAAUCUCACCCAUCAAGACAGAGACUUUUUUUAAGGAAUUCUGGGAGCAGAAGCCCCUUCUUAUUCAGAGAGAUGACCCUGCACUGGCCACAUAUUACCAGUCCCUGUUCAGGCUGUCAGAUCUGAAGAGUCUGUGCAGCCGGGGUAUGUACUAUGGAAGAGACAUAAAUGUCUGCCGGUGUGUCAAUGGGAAGAAGAAGGUCUUAAAUAAAGAUGGCAAAGUGCACUUUCUUCAGCUGAGAAAAGAUUUUGAUCAGAAAAGGGCAACAAUUCAGUUUCACCAACCUCAGAGAUUUAAGGAUGAGCUUUGGAGGAUCCAGGAGAAGCUGGAAUGCUACUUCGGCUCCUUGGUCGGCUCGAAUGUGUACAUCACGCCUGCGGGAUCCCAGGGCCUGCCGCCCCAUUAUGAUGAUGUGGAGGUUCUCAUCCUGCAGCUGGAGGGCGAGAAGCGCUGGCGCCUCUACCGCCCGACCGUGCCCCUGGCUCGCGAGUACGGCGUGGAGGCCGAGGACAGCAUCGGGAGCCCGGCGCGCGAGUUCACCUUGAAGCCGGGUGAUUUCCUGUACUUUCCCAGAGGGACCAUUCAUCAAGCUGACACUCCUCCAGGCCUGGCCCACUCUACUCACUUGACCAUCAGCACCUACCAGAACAACUCGUGGGGAGAUUUCCUUUUGGACACCAUUUCAGGGCUUGUGUUUGAUACUGCGAAGGAAGAUCUGGAGUUACGGGCUGGUCUACCCCGGCAGCUGCUCCUGCAGGUGGAAACCACAGCUGUUGCAAGAAGAAGAGUAAGUGGCUUUCUGAGGAUGCUUGCAGACAAGCUGGAGGGCACCAAAGAGCUGCUUUCAGCAGACAUGAAGAAGGAUUUCAUUAUGAACAGACUCCCACCUUACUGUGUGGGAGACGGAGCAGAGCUGUCAACGCCAGGUGGACAGCUACCGAGGUUGGACAGCACAGUGAGACUGCAGUUUAAAGACCACAUCGUCCUCACUCUGGGGCCAGAUCAGGAUCGCUCGGAUGAAACUCGAGAAAAGAUGAUUUACAUCUAUCAUUCCUUAAAGAAUAGGAGAGAGACGCACAUGAUGGGCAAUGAGGAAACAGAGUUUAUCCUUUUUCAGUCUCACGGACUUCGCUUUCCUUUAUCACAUAUGGAUGCACUGAAGCAAAUUUGGAACAGUACAGCUAUUUCUGUCAAGGACCUGAAGCUUACUACAGAUGAGGAAAAGGAGAGCCUGGCAUUGUCCCUCUGGACAGAGUGUUUAAUCCAGGUAGUCUAGCGCCUUCACAGAGUCAGGUGUCUGCUGUUUAUGUGCACAUGUGAAAAGAAAAGCUAGGUUGAUGUGCUGGGGAGUCCUGUUGCUUUGAGUCAACACAUUGGGUAGGAGGGACGGUUGUAUACAACUUUCCUUACCUGUGUAUCUGAUAACAUGACCUACCUGUUACAGGUGGUCAGUUGGCCAUGUGUAUUAACAGAGGCACAUGGAGGAAAGAAUGGCAAGUUACUAAGUGUCCCAGAAAGUGACAAAACCAUACUUUAAGACAAGUUUAUUUAAUCCAGUCUGGUAGAAAAGGCACAAUUCCAAUAAAUGUAUCAUUUAAAUUUAAA